AUGGAAAAUCCACCUUCAGAAAUCCAAGCAGGCCGUGAAGCCGACUACAAGCGCUUUAAGAACUAUGCCGCAUACACAUUCCUCAUCGGAGCACCAAUCCUAAUUGCGCUCCCACCACGCAAGCUCGACCCCCUCACCGUUCUAGUUCUCUGUUCAUUCGGGGCGUCCGCAAACCACAUCGUCGCAGACCGCACAGGAAGAAGCAUCAUCGAUCGAAUCGAUGCUAAGAUCUCUCGCAUCCACAACCCCCUGACAUCACUACCUAGUGAGCGUGCGCAAGAGAUCCAAGAUCGUCUCCGAGCCUCGCGCGAUGCCCAAAUCCGCCAGGCUGAGAAUGAAAAGCUUUCUGCUCGGAUUCAGGAGUUGUCGGACAGUGGGGAUGCGUCUGUGAGCGCGGAAAUUGAGAAGUUAAAGGCGCGUCAGCUUGCUGAGAAGGGGGUUGUGCAGCGGGUCUGGAUGGGUGGGGAGUCGGAGGGUUGGAAGGAGCGGAGGUUAAGAGAGGAGCAGGAGGCUCUUGCUGAGGGGAAGGGGUAUGGAGAUUUGAUCCAGGAGCAUAUUUGGGAUGUUUGGACUUGGGGAGGGAAGGAAGGGAAGGGGGGUGAGGGUGUGAAAGAUGAGGUGAAGGACGAUGAAUCCGUGAAGAAGGAUUAA